UCAGGUCUCCACUUUUCCUCACUCCAAGCUCACAGCUGCAACUCCUGCAAUCUCCUAUUCACCUCCUCAUCGCUUCUCCCUUCCCAUGGUUCAGGAAACCCGUUAACACAUUCAUUGCUUUUUGUUACAGACUUUAGCGCUCAUUACGAACACCUCAAGAAUCUCCACAGCGCUACUCAUAAUCAGAAACCAACCUCAACGGCAACUACAGGCCAUCGCCUGAGAACUACACUGAAAACCACUCCAGUUCAGCAGCAACCACAGUCCGACGCGAUGUCGGGAGCCCAGCAAUACAACUUUCCACCACCACCACCUCCCCCAGGCCCUUCUCCGAAUCAGCAGCCUCAGCAGCAUCAAUAUGGCUUUCCGCAACCUCCGCAAUACCAGCAACCCCAACGCGGAGGUUUCGCGCCUCGAGGCGGAAGAGGUGGCAGCCAGGGAGGUCGAGGUGAUUUACAUGCGACUCCAUAUGGUCAUCCUCAAAAUGGCUACAAUGGACCUUCGCAGAAUCAAGGCCCUCAGAAUCAUCAACAGGGUCCGCAAUCUGGUUACAAUGGCCCCCCUCAACAAUCAUCGUCGUACGUACACGUUAGCAUAGGACCCCAAGCACCUCCUGCUCAGCAUCAGGGGGGCUAUGGAGGACCCCAAUGGCAACAACAACAAAACGACCAACAUGCACAACACCACGGACCCUCGCAACAUGGUCCUCAACAACCUCAACACCAUGGCCCCCAACAUCCACAGCAGCAUCACCCCCAGCCACCUCAUAUGCAACAGCAUGCCCCAGUUCCAGCUCCUUUGUCUGCACAAAAUUAUCAUCCCAAUUUUGCUCCUCAAGCUUAUAGUCAACCACCACAGUAUGGUCCGCAGCAAACUCCACAAUUUCAAAAUCCUCAGCAGCCACCUUAUGGUCACAGUGUGCCACAUAAUCAACAGGCUCCUCAGCAGUGGUCUGCUCCACCUCAACAUACUCCGCCACAAUUUAACAAUCGCGGCCGUGGCAAUGCCGGUCGUGGAGGUUUUAGUGGUCGCGGUGGUCCUGAACCUCCUUUGAUGGGCCCCCCAAUCCGAAUGGGAUUUGAUAAUGAUAGAGGAAACCAUGUGCCUCAAGCGAGCAAUGGCUUUCCCCUUCCUUUUCAAACUCACCAAAGCCCUCCCGUUCCAUUCAAUCAACCGUAUCAAAGUUACCCUCCUCAGAAUUUCAGCGGGCAGCGCCCACCACUUGACCCCAAUCCCUUCAAUUCUGGCCCUCAGCGUGGUCGGGGAGGAAACAUGAACAAUCACAACAGAGGUGGUGGAGGUAGAAAUCGUGGUGAAUUUUCUUUUCGCGGUCGCGACCAUCGUCAUUCUAGCAAUGGCCAUGGCCACCGAGCUUCUUCUGAAAACUUCCAUAAAUCUCAUAGUUCCGAGCCGAAUGGCAAGAAGAAGAAGAAGCGUAGAACUACCAAUACUCUCGGCCUCACACCAAAUGGUGCUGAUCAUGAUGAGAGUGAGGAAGAAAACGACGAGGUUGAUGAAGAAGCUCGUCUUGUAACUUUGCUUGGUCCAGAUACCCCACAGUACGUUUUUCUCUUUUUUAUAUGAUUGGAAGAUUAGUUCUUCUAGUCCGUGUAACUAACAUUGCAUAGGCUUCCGGCUGAUCUUGAAGCGUGGCUUGCGGAGCGCAGAGCCCGAUUUCCUACGAAAGCUCGUAGAGAGGCUGCUGCAGAAGAGCUUCGCCAGCGCCGUGAGCAAGGUCGCAACAGUGGCGGCGGCAAACAAAUCAAACAAGAGCGAGAAACCCAUGUCAAAAAAGAAGAGGUCCAUAUCAAGAAAGAAGAGGGCGAGACCAAACUCGAGCGACAGCAGAGAAAAGAACAGAGAAAGGCGGAAAAGCUUAGACAGCUUAAGCUCGAAGUUGAGAGACUUGAGCGCAGCCAGCCGGGUGCUAAGCGCAAACGUGAGAAUGGCGACGAGGGCGAUGAUGACCGUGGACAGGCAAGCGAUGAUGAUUCUGAUAGCUCAAGUGGAGAUUCAUCGGGCUCAGCACCAGAAAAUAUGUCAUCUCGAAACGGUGGUCCUAUGCGUGUUCCACCCCCACCAAAAGCACAGCUUCAGCGACAUUGCAAGUAUUUUUCGACCGGGGGUACCUGCGGCAAGAAGGGCAAGUGUCGUUUCGUACACGAUGUCGAGGUUCGUAAUCAAGCAAUACGAGACAAGGAGGCAAAUGGAGGCAAGAUGACUCUUGCUCAGCGUCUGAUUCUCAACGACACUGCCAAGGAUGAUCUGACCAUCUUGAAGUCAAUCAAGUACCUCAAGGAGAAAGGGUUAAUGCCAGACCAGACUGCCAGUGCAAAGAGUGGCGAUGAUCAUGGCCUUGAAUACAAUGGCGAAGAAAACGGCUACACUGAGAACUUGAAUUACGGCGACAACUGAAGUCCUCGGUGUUCCUUCAAGUUUCUUUCAACCUAUUUCAGUGGUGGGUUUAAUUUGCGACGUCUCAGUUUCGGUACUUCACUUCGUUCGUCAUUCAUCACUUCUUCGGCCUCAGAUAUAUGAUUCAGCGCGCGAUCUGUUUGCUUUGUUGGACUUGCAGGUGCGGACACUAACGCUGAAGGCGUUCUUGAUUCGAUUCCUUAUUGUAUUUUGAAAGUUUGCUGUUCGAUCUCUUUCCUUGUACUUCAUAUGGGUGCGCUACGAAAAGUUGGGAGAAUGACGAGCAGUAAAUUCUGGCAGGUCUGCAGUAAAAGCCGCAAAAACUCCUCGGAUGGUUGCGAUUGCAGCACUUCCAGUCACUUUUUUUCUUCCAUGUGUUAAUAUCUUCCAGGAGACAAGGCGUCGGCUGGUUUCUUCGAGCAAUUUGUUUAGCAGGGAGCUUUGAUCAUCAAUGUCAGGUCUUCAAUUUAUCAGAGUUUUCUUAUGCUCUUCAAUGAAGUUGACUGGAUGAAGUUUAAUGCCUCCUUGAUAGUCAUUUCCUUCUUUCGAUUUCCUUUUUCUUCCCGAAAAUGUAGAGUAGGCCGUGGUGCGUUUUUAGCAGAAUCAAUUUUUUUUCUUUUCCUUUCCUAUUGUAUGAUACUGUAACUUCGGGGGAGAAGAUGAAGAUUGUAAUAAAUAGAAUGAAUGGCAGGCAAUGAGAUUCGAUUAUUGAAAUUAUACGGGUGUAUGAUUUUCACCUCUUUCCCAUAUAUACAGCAGUUCCACUUCCUUGAGCCUAGUGGUGUGCAUCUGCCCAUACACCUAAGCCAUCCUUCUCCCCUUGAUCUCGAGUAAAGAUUUUAUGAAACCAUUUUCUUUCUGAAUUUCCUGUAGCAUUCACAACACUAUCGACCGGUACUUGGCUCUCAGCAGUGCUGGGAUUUCCAGUCAUAAGGAGUCGAUACAUAUCUAGGUUCCCCUUUUCAUGUUAGGAUUUCUUCGCUUUUUUUCUCAAGUGGUUUGUGUUGACUAUCAAGCGAAUACUCUUCUUACGUUGGAUGGGUGGUUGGGAUGUUUUCUUGGGUUAUUAUACGAUAUAUGGGAUAUGGGGACUUUGGAUGAUGUGGAAACUGUUGUGCUAUGAUUGAUGGAGGGGGUGUUCUUUGUCGAGAUGUCUUGUCCUGGUUGAUUGAUUGAUUGAUUGUAUUUGAUUUAGAAUAAGUAAUUGUCUCUUUUAAAGUCCUUGAUAGAUUUUGGUGCUGUGGUAAAGUGGGAUAACUGGUGAUUGGUUCUUGAUUAUUUUGGGUGAAGUCUUUGGAUGGAGGGGUGGAAGAUUCUGUGUAGUGCGGUGGAUGUUAUGGAAGCGUGGAUAGGUUCUUGUACCCAUUCAUUUGUUGGAGUAAUGAU